GUGUCGCAAGUGAAACAUGUGUUCUGUGCAAAAUUGCUGUUUGCUGCUAAUUUGGGUGGAUAAGCGACCUCCAAUCGGUGCCAUUAUAAUUAAGAAGCUGCGAUGAAAAGGAAUCUUCAAAGAAGUGAAUUACCUUUCUACAUCCUCUGUAUACAUGGCAUGGAAUCUUAAACAUCAAAUACAAGACUUCCAAUGGCACAGGACACAUAGAAACUCAGAUGACAUAGAUCAGACCUUACCAGGGUGACUUAGACUGUCAUAGGACAUACAAAAUCCCUCAUAGCUUAAAGCAUACAAUCUCAAAUAGUUCAGAAUUUCAAGUGUCACAAAGUACAAGACCUUCACGAGUUAUAAUACCCAUAAAAUCUUGGAUCAUAUAAGGUAGACAAUGCCAGGAUGACUUAGGCUCUCAUAGGACAUACAACAUUUCCAGUAACAUAAGACACAUAGUCCUACAUGGCAUAGAAUCUCAGUUAUCAAAAAGUACACGUCUUCCAUUGCCAUUAGACUCAUCAACAUUUGCAUGACAUAGAGUAAAUAAUACCUAGAUGGCCUGGCCUUUCAUAGGACAUACAAGAUCUCCAGUAACAGAAGGCACACAGCCCCAAAUGGCAUAGAACCUUCACUGUCAAAAAGUACAAGACUCCUACUGCCAUUAGACACAUCAAAUUUCAGAUGGCACAGAAUAGACAAUGCCAGGAUGACUUAGGCUCUCAUAGAACAUACGAAAUCUUCAGUAGCUCAAGGCACAUAAUCCCAAAUGGCAUAGAAUUUUCAUUGCCAAAAAGUAGAAGACUUCCGUUACCAUUAGAAUCAUCCAAUUUUGAAUGGCAUACAGUAGACAAUGCCAGGAUGACUUAGGCUCUCCUAGGACAUACCAGAUCUCCACUAGCACAACACUUCCAUGGGUCAUAGGACACACAAAAUGGCAUAUGGCAGAGUGUGCCAGGGUGAGACAGUUCUGCUCUGUCUCACCCUAUGCUCCCCAUUCAGGUGCAUCCUAGGUCCUGGCUAGAGUGGCAGCUGUCGUUAGGAAGGUGGCGCGGUAGCAAAGUGACGAUGGACCCGUACGAAAAGUGGCCCGCGACAAAGACGAGGUACCUGGUACCGAUGGUAAAUCGUGCGACGAUGCAGUGAUCGUAGUGAUCGACCGAGUGGACGAUGCAUCACUCCGGUGGUACCGGUUACGGGACCGGACCCCAGGAGCGGGUGCACCAGGCACCGCGAACUGCUGGUCAACCUGACAAGUGUCCCUACGAGACCUACCAGGCGCAGAUACCGGAUUGCUGUGCAGCUGCAGCUGCUGUACAGGACCCGUAUCCACGGCCACCGAGCGGAUACGAUGGCAGGUGCUACGACGAGUGUCAUCGCAGGACACCCUAUCAGGAGGACGCCUAUACCCAGGAUGUGCCCCCGAGUUUCCAUCGGCCCCAGUCCAGACUGGGAUACGAGGAGCGUCCCCAAUCUCGUGUGGGAUAUACCUCGGAUUCCAGGUGUGCCAGUGGACUCGGUUACGACGACACGGGUGGCGGAUACCUGGAUCAGAGUGAUCCAAGGAUGUAUUGCACCAGCGGUUAUUGCAUGGGGGAUACCAUGAUGGCCACGAGCCGAGGUGUCUGUGGCGAAGAGGUUGAGCUAGACAUGCGGAGGCACAUCCAAGCAUGUGCCUGCACCUGCAACCACAUGGGCUACGGGAAUUACAUGGACUAUCAGACGACGUGCCUAACAGAACUGCCAGACGUGGCACCGUGCAACGGCACAGUGCGACUACCACCGCCAUGCGAGGACUCGCCAAGCAGCGGAAGUAGCAAGGAUCGCAGAGAAGAGAGUCCUCGUAGAAGAUGCCGUGUAUUGGCGCCAAUUUUACUCCUAGUCGCGGCUCUGCUUCUCGGAGGUCUUUGUCUACCGUUGCUUCUACAAUCCGCGCCUGUCACGCAUCAGCAGAGGCUGGACGUGAUCAGGAGGAUCCUCACUGAAGUGCCUCUGAUCGAUGGGCACAACGAUUUGCCCUGGAACGUCAGAAAGUUCGUACACAAUCAACUCGGCGAGGUGAAUCUGAGCAGCGAUCUCGGCAGAGUUGAUCCCUGGGCUAGAUCAGACUGGAGUCACACAGACAUUCCUAGAUUACGUGCUGGUCUCGUCGGUGCACAGUUCUGGUCUGCCUACGUUCCAUGCGGUGCAGCACAGUUGAAUGCUGUUCAACUUUCCUUGGAACAGAUCGACGUGAUCCGCCGACUCGCCGAGAUGAAUGCUCAACAUUUAACUUUGGUUACCUCCGUCAAAGGUCUUAUCGAGGCGCAUAGAGAAGGCAAAAUCGCAAGUCUUAUCGGGGUUGAAGGUGGUCACUCCCUAGGGAAUUCCUUGGGUGUUCUCAGGACAUUUUACGGCCUGGGCGCGAGAUACCUUACCUUGACACAUGCCUGCGAUACCUCCUGGGCAGUCUGUUCAGUUGGCGAGACGAACAGUACCCAGGAUUCGACGCCAGGUCUUAGCGAAUUCGGCAAGGCAGUUGUCAGGGAGCUAAACAGACUGGGAAUGUUAGUGGAUCUUUCUCAUGUCUCAACAAGAACAAUGAGGGCGGCCCUGCAGACGACGAGGGCACCGGUGAUUUUCUCUCACAGUGCUGCCAGGGCACUCUGCAAUUCCACUAGAAACGUGCCAGACGACGUGCUUAGAAAUCUGGCUAAAAACGGCGGAGUGGCGAUGGUUCCAUUUUAUACAUACUUCAUAACGUGCAACAGCACGGCCACCAUAAAAGACGUCAUUGCACACAUCAAUCACAUUCGAAAGGUGGCUGGGAUCGAUCACGUUGGAAUAGGAGCUGGAUUCGACGGGAUAAAUUUUACACCUACCGGAUUGGAGGACGUUUCGAGGUAUCCACAACUGUUGGCCACCCUACUCGAGGAUCCAACAUGGACCGAGGAGGAUAUUAAAAAAUUAGCUGGCCUCAAUUUGCUGAGGGUAUUUGCUAAAGUCGAGCAGGUACGGGACGAAUGGCACAGAGCUGCAGUAUUGCCAGUGGAAAAGAUUAGUCCUCCUGACAACUCAGCCUGCGUCUACGGAGCGUCUUGAUCUUCUGCGAGAACAUUCGCAGCAGGAUUCAUCGAUUUUGCACGAUCGCCGAAGAUUCGACACGUAUCACGGAACUAUAGAACCCUGUAAACGUGCGGGCCUGGAUCAACUGAACGAUCGUUUUCCCCCGACAACAUCUUCUCCCAGCAUUCCAAGGGGGGAAAUGUCGAUCGCGCCUUAUGAGAGAUGAAAAAUUGAACGAGAAUGUAUGAAUCGUCUGUGAAAACUGAUCACCUCGAGCGGAAACGAUCAUCUUCGGGACAAGUUCAAUUCUACUGAUCAUUCUUUAUCCUUGAAUAUAUAGAACCACCAGCUUUGCAAUGCUAUUUCUCAACGAGUACAAUAUCUGCAAACUAUACAACGUGAUAAUUAAUUUGCUGCUCUUUAAACAGCUGGCUACGUCCGUCCAUGUUUUCAACUUACCAAUAGAAAUAUUUUUAUUUAUUACAUUUUCUUUUUCAAUUUACUGCUUAUCUAUGCAUAAAUCGAUUUUUCUUUUUUUUAUAUUUUAGGUUUGUUUCUGCAGAAAUGAACUGAUCCUGAAGAUGUAUGAACAAAUACUAAUAAAAAAGCGUUCCUGAAUGAAUAACUUUUAACGAUGCGGACAAUCGAGACGGGCAGAAAAAGCUGAAGAAUAUUCGUAAGAAAAUAUAAGAGACAGAUGUCUGACAGAAUUCGAUGAACGGUUUUUCGAAACGUGUAAGGUCAUUCGGUUAAAUUUCGUUUCCUGAUUUUAAUGCAUGAAUUACGGGAUACGAUAAUCGUACUAAUUAGACUAACCAUAGACGAAUUUCCUGAAUAUUAACGUUAGAUAAAAGAAAAAACGUGUGUUCGUUUUGAGAAAUUGUAUCCUUGAAGAAGCAAACGAUUAUUUGAAUGCUUGCUCCGAAAUAGUGUCAAAUUAUCAAGUGCGCUUAAGACCAAGGAAUUAAAAAAAAAAAAGAAAUGAAUAAAAAUGAAUAGGAGAACGAGAAGGGAACGAGACUUUUGUAACAUUUCAUGGAAAACAAUGUUCAUUUUGAGCUUUUAGAAUUCGUCGUUGAAAGACCAUUUGAAAGACUUGUUCGUCAUUUAUUAUGUCUUCGACUGAUAUCCUAAACUGUUCUUAUAGAGCUUAUUAUAACGAGGCUUGCAUGAUGCAAUUGUUUCACACCGAUGCUUGUUCAUUUGUUAGAAUUGUCCGGAUAAAUCGUGUAUUCGAAUAUCCAUAGGUUUAUUAAAUAUUUAUUAACAGAUAUUAAAAUUUUUCGCAUACAUUUAUUAAAUUAAUUAAUUUUCAUUGAAGAUAUUUUUGAAAAAUUUAUUAUUUCUAAAAUGGAUAUUCGAAUACGACAUAAAGCACCAAGAAUUCGGAUAAACUGGCAGAUAUUAAUUACGCUCACCAAUGUUAAACACUGCCAAGCCACUUUAUACCAGAACUAUAAUUGCCAAAAUCCCUUUUCGAUAUAGUAGUGGAAACGUAGCAAUAAACCUUUAGUCGGUAAAUGAAAACCAACAGCUCGAAGAUGAAAGCAUGUAGGGCAUACUUCUACAUAUCUAGAAAAGGGAACCCUUCCAAGCGUAACUUACCCCCUUGUCUUUCUUUAAAAUUAUCUAUUUAAUCGUUCGGGUGCCAAAACAGAGAGGGGGAGAGAGAGAUAUUGUACAUAAAUUUUCCUUGGAAAACUUUCACUUCGCAUGUACCAUUUCAAAUUUCCAUUAAAAUUCGACUAUUCCACAAAUACGAUUUAGAUUGUAAUCGAGGGUGACUCAAGGCAAGGGGUUAAUUAGAUAACUGAAACGGAAAUCCAGUUUGCCAAUCGAACGUCGUCACGCUAAAUUCGCCUAAAUCAGAUAUCAAAGCAAUUUCUUGGGAUAAAACAUCAAUAGUCUGACAAGAUUUCAUGACAUAAAAGUAUUGCAAAAUAGCACCUAUCAUACAUUAAAUUAAAGCUGAAAGCUUACUGAAAAUGACUACAUAAAGGACUCAUCAAAAUUCUUAAGAAAAAAUGAAUGGCUGCCAGUUGUAGCAAGUAGUGAUCAAGUUUGAAACACAUAGAAGUCCAAUACAAUUUGAUGACAUAAAAGUAUUUCAAAAUAGCACUUAUGAUACAUCAAUUUCAAGCUUAAAGUCUAACAAAAAUGGCUAUAUAAAUCCCCCGUUGAUAUUUUUAACACAAGAUAAUUAAUUGUGGAUCGCAACGUACAGUGUUGUGUUAAAUAAGCUAUCCAGUUUCAAAGCUUCAAAAUUCUAUGAUAAUUUCAUGCCAUCUGUGAAAGCUUUAUAUAGUCAAUUUUAAUAAAUUUUAAGCUUUAAUUUGAUAUACUAUAAGUGCAGAAUGUUUAUUUAAAUUACAAUAUAAACAAUAUCCCAAGGAAUUACUCUAUUACUCUUUCGAUUAUGAAGGCCAGGAAAUUAGAGCGAGAAUGAAACAACAUCGAAUCAAUUACUAUGGAAGCAUUGUAAACAAAUACAAUGCUUAUGUGCGUGAAAUAUUCCGAAGGAAUUUCCUUAGGCGUUUGCUCGACGAAGAGAGACAUUCUCGCAGCGUCUAUUUGUUUCUUUCGUAAGCGACCUUUUUCCAUUUCGACUUUGUAAUAUCACGAUAAUUAAUCACGGAUAGAUAACGAACGAAACGAAAUAUUAAUCAACAAGUUGAUGAUACACAAAAGUAAAAAAAAAAAAAAAGGAACGAUUGAAAGCGUGAACUAGCGUAGACUGUCCUAGCUUGUACGAAACAAUUUCGAAACUUUUCUUACUUUUUUCUGACGUGGGGAACGCGUGCGAGAAAUUUUUAGGUACCUGUAAUUUAACAUUGUUAACGACUAUACAUAUAUAUAUAUAUUAUAUACAUAUAUAUUAUAUAAAUGAAACCAAGGCGCCUUCGACGAUUCGUAGCACCAUUCUACGUAACUUUCGGUAGAAAAUUAAUCCGUGUAAUUAAUCAAUUAACCAAUCGUCAUUCCGCGAAUCAAUAUUUUGUAACAUUUUAUAAAUUCCUGUCGUCGAUUGAAUAUAAAUGUUACAAAGUAUUGGUUUGCAUGCCGAUCGAAUUCUUGGUAAUGAUUUUGCACGAUGCGAAAGGUCUUGAGUACGAUCGUUAGUGGAAGCUUUUUUUCCUCGAAGUGAAACAAAAGAAAUAAAACAAAUGAUACGUA